AGUAGUGCAUUGUGGGUCAUGAGUUUCACGAAACACAAACUAGAAGAAGAAAGCUUUCACCCAACCGCCAAUAACUCACACAGAAGAAGAAGAAUAAAGCUUGUACUUGUCAUUUAUUGCUUUUAGCGGCUAAGAGAUGCGGAGCUAAAUUUGAGCGCCAGGUGUGAACCUGAAGUGUUCGUAUCAUGAAAAAAUAACGACUUGAACGACUUACAGUUGUUCGCCUGCUUCUCGAUAUGUCUGCGGCGAUGCUCGGCACCACAACCAGCAAGCUGAAUGUGUUAGUCAACAAACUGCACGAGUACUUGGCUCAUUCCACUAUUGAGGACAGCAAUGGCACUCCAAACCCAGAGGAGCUGAAGGUCUGCCAAACAGGAGUUGUUCUGUGGGCAGCCUAACAGGUCACACUGAGACAGAGGCAGGAAUGGAUUCCAGAUACUCAAGGAGAAAACCCUCUGUGGUCAUAAAGCACUCUGGGCUGGAUGAAUCUGGGGACUCAGAGGCAAGGUGAGGUCGAGGAUUUACCUGUCAACACAAAUGGUCACUUUGAUGUCACUAGCCUCCCCAAAGGUACUGUUCUGGUGAGGCCUGAAGCUGUCGAGAAUGGAAGGGAUGACUUCAGGGGGCCGGAGUUUCGCAGCCGGAAAUCCGGGGUUAUGCGUAAAGACUUUUCAAGGAGACGGGGAACGGAACACAUGGAAAUUGUCAGUUGUACAGCAUGUGGACGACAAGUUAACCACUUCCAGAGAGAUUGCGUCUACAGGCAUCCUGUGCUGAAAGUACUCAUUUGUAAGACUUGCUACAAGUAUUACUUAAGUGAUGACAUCAGUAAGGAUGGCGAUGGAAUGGAUGAGCAAUGCAGAUGGUGUGCUGAAGGAGGCAACCUGAUCUGUUGCGACUACUGUAGUAACGCCUUUUGCAAGAAGUGUAUCCUACGGAAUUUGGGAAGAAAAGAGCUGUCAGGCAUCUUGGAGAGCAAAUGGUACUGCUAUGUAUGCAGCCCUGAGCCCUUGUUCGACCUGGUGGUGGCCUGUGACAACGUCCUGGAGAACAUGGAUAGUCUGUGGCAUCAGCAGCGGAAGAGGAACCGAGUAGGGCCAGAGAAACUUUAUGGCAUGUUGCCACACUUGGCACAGAACAUUCCUCUGGAUAAAUGGGAUCACACUGGUAUGGAUGGUAACGUGGUGUUCAACUAUAACACACUGAAGAUUUCCAAGGAGAUCACUAAAAAAGCCAAACAUUUAGUAGACUCCACAAACAUUCUCAACCGAACUUUUGUCAAUUUCAUUCAUUCAGUGACGAAGAGCAAACAAACACCCAGAGUUCGCAAUCUGUAUCUGAACUCUUUCCUGUCUGUAGUCAAAGGUUUGCGAAAGUCACUUUCAGCACUCGAAGAGAGCCUUAAGGAAGAAUUCAAUGACUUGGAUCUCGUGAGCUGCUGGGAAAAGUUCUUAAAUGAUGACUUUGAUGCCCGACCUGUACCAGAAGCAGACACAGAGCUGGAUCCUUCUGAUAACAGAUGUUUGAGUGUCUUGCAGAAAUUGGCAACUGAACAUUUCGAGGAUGAGGACUCAGACUCAAAGGGCUUCACAGAAGGAAGAAGUACCCUUGACUGUCCUGGGGAAGAUUCAAAUGAAGCCCAGAGAGCUCAAAACAUCAGUCUGAAGCCUUCUGAAAGUGGAGUAAGCAUGACCAAAAAACUAGUCGUGAAGCUUACGCCUGUCCCCAUGGAGCAGGAUCCGACCCCUGAUGCCCCAAAGAUGGAGGAGGAUGAUGACAUGCAGGAUGAAAAGUCAGAAGAAAAGGAUUUGUUAAAGGAUGAAGAGACAUGUGUUGUAGGAGCUACAGCUGAAUCCAAGAUUAGCAAUGACACCUCCAGUGUAUCUCAACACAUAGAAGAGGAACAGGGCAAUAGACGUUCACCUCGUGUAAAGACAACACCUCUACGACGACAAAGUGACGUCAAGGUCAAAACGUCUCUUUCAGCAGCUGACAGUGACAGUGACUCUGACCCCGAGGAAACCCCAAGCACAGCACCAACCAAAAACCCUGAAGAACAAAGUCUGAGCAGAGCAAGAGACGACUCCGACUCAGAUGAAGUCCCUGCAGCGCUGCUUGAACGAGCAGCUGUCUCUCAUAGCUCUGAUGAUGCCCAGAGUGAGGAGGAUGGGGCAAAAGCAUCAACUAAGGUGGCCAAGAAAUGUCUCUUUUGGCUCAAUAAGAACACUCCUAUAUCGCCAGAGAAGAUACGCCACAAACGUAAGAUGCUGGACCGAUCCCCUGAGCCCGACUCGCAUGAAAGAAGAGCAAAAUCUCGAAGGGAAAGCGUGACAGAUUCCUCAAGUGAUGAUCAAGACUCGCAGAAAAAAAGAACACAGUUGAACACGCUGAGGCCUAUAGGGAAGCCUCACUUAGUCAAAAGAGAGGAUGAGAGUGCGGCUCGGAAGAAGGACAGGAUACAAGUGAGGAAGUCCAAGUCGAAGUCUCAUCAGGAAGCAACGGAGUCGUCAUCCUCGUCCAGUGAAGAUGAACACGAUGAUGACCUGGAGAGUGACGGGAGUGAUCAGAAGAUGAAGCCAAUCACUGAGGAUGUGGCCUUAUUGGGAAGAGCGUCAUUCCACCAGUCGUCGGGAGACGACGAGGAGCAGUCUGGGCCCUCAUGUGAGGCAGAAGAUGAUGAUGAUCCAGAAAAUAGAAUCGCUAAGAAAAUUCUGUUGGCCCAAAUCAAAGCCAACCUCUCUUCGGGCGAUGAUAUCACAUCGGAGGAGGAAACGCAGGAUGAUGAAUCGGAGUCGGUCCCUAACGAGGUCAAGAAGGGCGAUGAAGAAGAGACGGAUGAAAAUGGGGAAGACUUGACUUCAGAGCUCUCAGUCUCCUCUGCUGGGCCGAGCUCCAGGCACCCUCUACUCCGCCAGAAACUCGCCUUAGAUGAGGGAACAAGUGACAAGACCGAGGAACAGGAGGGAGAGGGCGAGAAAAUGAAGAAGAAAGCGAAGAGAAAACACCAGAACUCUGAUUCUGAGAGUGACGGUGAACAGUCAGAGUCUGAAGACGGGAUGAGCGAGGAGCUGAGUCACUCAGAGGAUGAAGGAGCUGAAGACAGUAAAACAAGAUCAUCCCAAGAAGAGAAGGAGAAAUCCAGCAGUCAAAAUCAGACAAAGAAGAAAGUGCCGUUCAUUUUGCUGUCUGACACCAGCGAUGAAGAUGAAGCAAUUCAUAUCACAUCUGCGGAGAGUGAAAAAGAGGACGCAGAUGCGGAAUUGAGCGACAGUAAAGGAACCCCUAAAGGACGCAAGAAAAUCCGCAAAAUCAUUGGAGAUGAUAAUCUACGUGCAGAAACUCAGGAAGCAGUCAGAGAGGAGGAGGAGAGACUCCAACGACUGGCAAACAGAGACUCACAGAUUGAGGAGAUGAGAGAGAUAAUCGUCAUAGAUGACGAGCUUACUCAAGUUUUGUGUCCGGUCACCACCAAGCUGGUCUUGGAUCAGGAUGAAAGAACCAAGGAGACUCUUGUUCAGGUGCACAGGAACCUGGUAACCAAACUGAAGCCUCACCAGGUGGACGGUGUGCAGUUCAUUUGGGACAGUUGCUGUGAAUCUGUGAAAAAAGCAAACUCUACUCCUGGAUCAGGCUGUAUACUGGCACACUGCAUGGGCCUGGGAAAGACUCUGCAGGUGGUAACAUUCAUCCACACGGUGCUACUGUCACAGAAGCUGAAAUUCAGAACCGCCCUGGUUGUGUGUCCACUUAACACCAUCCUCAAUUGGAUCAACGAGUUCAAGCAAUGGCAAGAGAACAUGGGGCAGGAAAAAGUCAAGGUUGCAGAGCUAGCCACACUAAAACCUGCAGAACGAAUCCGUGCUCUGCAGAAGUGGCAGAGAGAGGGAGGUGUGAUCAUAAUGGGCUAUGAGAUGUACCGCAAUCUGUCAUUGGCCCAGAAAAUCAGCAAUGUGGAUGGAAAGAAGGAGAUUAGAAGACUGCUGGUGGAUCCAGGUCCAGACAUAGUGGUGUGUGACGAAGGACACAUCCUAAAAAAUGAAUCCUCCAAAAUCUCCAAAGCCAUGAACGCCAUCAAGACCCGACGAAGAGUGGUGCUGACUGGAACACCGCUACAAAACAACCUGACUGAGUAUCACUGCAUGGUCAAUUUCAUCAAGAAGAAUCUUCUUGGCUCUCUGAAGGAGUUCAGAAACCGAUUUAUCAACCCAAUACAGAACGGCCAGUGCGCCGAUUCAACCCCAAAAGACGUCCGAGUCAUGAAGAAGCGAGCUCAUGUACUUCAUGCCAUGUUGGUCGGAUGUGUGCAGAGAAAAGAUUACUCAGAGUUGACACAGUUUCUACCUCCAAAGUACGAGUACGUGCUGGCAGUGAGGGUUACCCCACUUCAGUGUCAGCUGUACCGCCACUACCUCAAACACAUCUCUGGUGCUGGUUCCAUUGCUGACAAGGCAAAUAUGAAGAUUGCGGCAAACCUGUUCAAGGACUUCCAGGUGCUCGGCAGAAUCUGGACUCAUCCGUGGUGCCUUCAGCUCAACUUCAUCAGCAAAGAGAAAAGGUUGAAAAAGAAGAAUCCAGUUAAAGCUGCACCUCUGUUUUAUCCUCUGCUGAGGACUGGAGGACCCACUGUAACUGAGAGCGCUCUGAAUCAAAACAAAGGAAAAGAAGGCAACAUCCAUGGAGGCAGUGCAGCCGUCACCACUGAUGUGUCCAGAGUUGGUCCAGCAGUAGAAGGAGAGACAGCAAACAUCAUCUCGGGAGAUUGGAGAUGGUUCAGCAAUAUGGUCUCAAAAAGGGAUGCCAAAAUCAUAGAGCACUCUGGGAAAAUGGUGCUCUUGUUUGAGAUUCUCAGAAUGGCUGAAGACCUGGGGGACAAAGUGCUGGUGUUCAGCCAGUCCUUGACCUCAUUGGACCUGAUAGAGGGUUUCCUUGAGGCUGCUCAUUAUGCCAGAGACCAAGGAUCGUUUAAAGUGGGCAGUUGGAUCAAAAACAUUGAUUACUAUCGUCUUGAUGGUUCCACUCCCGCUGCGCGGAGGAAGGAUUUUGCAGAUCAGUUCAACAAUACUGCAAAUGUCCGCGGUCGAUUGUUUCUCAUCUCAACAAAAGCGGGCUCGCUCGGGAUCAACCUGGUAGCUUCUAACAGAGUGAUCAUCUUUGAUGCGUCUUGGAAUCCUUCCCAUGACAUACAGAGCAUAUACAGAGUGUACCGCUUCGGUCAGCUCAAACAAGUGUUCGUCUACCGCUUCUUGGCUCAGGGCACCAUGGAGGAGAAAAUCUAUGACCGUCAGGUGACCAAGCAGUCUUUGUCCUAUCGAGUGGUGGACCAGCAGCAGAUCGAGAGGCACUUCACCUUCUUUGAGCUGACUGAACUUUACACAUUCGAGCCAGAUCUGUUGGACGACCCCCACUCAAAGAGAAGCAAAAGAACCUGCACGGAUUCACCAAAGGAUAAAGUCCUGGAACAGCUGUUACAGACGUGUAAGGACCAGAUAGUGUCUUUCCAUGAGCAUGCGUCUCUGCUGGACCAUAAAGAAGAGGAGGAGCUCAGUGAGGCAGAACGCAAGGCUGCCUGGGCUGAGUAUGAGGCAGAGUCAAAACAAGUCAUCCUCCCAGUUACUUCGAACCAGGAAAACCUGAAUAUGAAGACCAAUGAGCAACUACUGGAACUGUUGAACAAGAGCAGGGCAAACGUAUCCAUGUCCUUCAUGUCGCUGCAGAAGAUGAAAUCUCCCGGUAUUAACGACUACAUGCUGAAAGUGCGACAACAGUAUCCACAUCUGCCUGAAAACAUGAUCCAGGAAAAAGCCCUGAUUUGGAAACUGAGUGACGAGAGGGAGCAUCAACGCAGACAAGCCUUUUAUCGAGAAGUCCUCAGACAACAACAAACACUAACCCUCAACAUUCAGGCCAUCCUGAACCAACGAAGGAAUCAAGCGAUGCAGGUGACCAUGAACACUGUGAAAAAGCCUGGACAGACUUAAACAGGUAUCUGUUAUCAUGGAAGAAGAAAGCUCUGCCUUCGUAUCAUUAUGGGGACCACACACCAAAACUGCUGAAUGUAUUUUUUUACCUGUAAUAAGAGAAGAGUACUCUAAGAGUCUACAUGAUUAAACAACUAAAAAACAGCCCAUUAGUUGUUAUUUCUGGUACUUCAUCAUAGCAAUGUUCAAAUAUACUAAGAGUUUUGUUUUGUUACACUUUCAGCACUUUAACAUACACAUGAUCCGCCCACAAGUUCAAUUUGCAAAUGUUUGAGAAAGGUUUUGCAAGUAAUCUAAAACAUGUGUGUUUGUUUUCUGACUGAAUAUGUGAUUGUUCUCACACUGGAGUUUACAUCAGAUGCCUUAUCAUAUAUUUCCUCUUGAAUUAAGUUUCACUCAUAUGUUUUUUACUGGCUGUCUGUAAUAAAACAAAUGAAAAGUUCA